AUGGACAACGCAGAGACAGAGCAACAAGAAGAAUUCAGUGAAUGGGUAGUGAUCCAAACCUCUCCAAAAUCCCCACCAACUGACGCAUCUACCCCUCAAAACUCACCGACAUCACAACCGAGCCACCGACGUGAAUAUCCACCGGGCAACGAUGACGAAGAAGAUGAUGCCGUUAUCCCCAUCGUCGUCGGAGAAGAAGAAGGCGAAGAAUCAUCCUCCGCCGUGAAUCUCUCGCUUCCCUGGCGCGUGAUCAAGAUUUCCAAAAAGCGACUGAUAAAUGAAGAUGCAACUAGUUUGACGCAGAUCGUGAAUCAGUCAGGAAGUGCAUCAGGACGUAUGGACGGACUUGUAGCGGAGCUAAGUGGAGCUUAA